CGGGCGGCGGAGCCGGGCGAGGCAGCGCGGCGGACGGUGACCGGCGAUGGAGCAGCCGGUGCAGACGGAGAUGUGGAAGGCGGGGAGCCUGGAGGAGUUGGUCCGCAUCCUCCACCGGCUUUUCGCCGAGGACAAAGUGAGUGUGGAGGAGGUGCAGGCGCUGAUGGAGUCCUACGAGAGCAACCCCGACGAGUGGCUGCAGUACGCCCAGUUCGACCAGUACAGAUACACAAGAAAUCUUGUGGACAAUGGAAAUGGAAAGUUCAACUUGAUGAUCUUGUGCUGGGGUGAAGGACAUGGCAGCAGCAUCCAUGACCACACUGAUUCACACUGCUUUAUGAAGAUUCUCCAGGGAAAUCUAAAGGAGACUCUGUUUGAAUGGCCUGAGAAAAAAGGGAAUGGUGAAAUGACUAAGAAAUCAGAGCGAGUUUUGAGAGAAAAUCAAUGUGCCUAUAUUAAUGACACCAUUGGCCUGCACCGUGUGGAGAACAUCAGCCACACAGAGACUGCUGUCAGCCUGCAUUUGUACAGCCCGCCUUUUGACAGCUGCAACACCUUUGACCAGAGGACGGGGCACAAGCACAAAGUCAAGAUGACCUUCUACAGCCAGUUUGGAGAAAGGACUCCCUGUGUCAUGGCAAUGCCACAGGAGAACAACUGAGGAGCACCAGCACGCGUUUGCACAAGACCUGCUGAAUGUUGAACCAGGGACAGAAGACUCGUGUGGCUCUUUGUAUACUUUGUGUGUAGAUGUACACUAGGGCAGCUUCCAGCAAACCCCCAUUUUCCCUGAGUGAAUGGUGAUCACGGGACACUAAGCCAGCUAGUGCCAUCAACUACUUCAGAGGUUAGAUGCCUUUCCUUGGGCUACUGCCAAGUCAGAAUUAAGUAGUUUGUUUUCUGAUUCUAGCCUCCUUUUGAUUCUGCUUCUGUUAGCACACUGAGAGUAUCAGAAAUAGGGUUUUAAACAUCAUCUGGCACUACUUAAUGGCCCUAGAUGUAUGUAAAUUCUCAGUGUAAUUAAUAACCACGUACAUUUGUAAGCUUCCAGUCACUUGUACCUAUGAGUAGUACACUAGAUGCAAUCAGCAGAUUUUUUUUUUUUUAAUUAACUCUUUUAGGUUUUAAUGAUCUAAGCCAUUUUGAUAGUUUUGUGCAUUUUUUACUUUUUUUUUUUUUUUUUUUUUUUUUUUUUUUUACAAUUUCAUUUGUCAGAUCUUGUUUUAAACAGGAGCAGCAAAAUGCUUCAUGCACAGUGAUUUUCAAAACUGGGCAGAGAUUUGGGGUUUUAAUAAGACUAAUCAUACUUAACACAGCUGAUGUCCAGUUUCCAAAGUGUUCUGUGUAGCUACUGAAGUCCUUCCAGGUAACUGAAAUAAAACUGGAUUUGUGCACAGA